AUGCUCUUUGCUGUCAAAGACCAUCCACUAUACAGGGCUCAGUUACUUUUGGCCCGCGCGGCCGGGGGCCUUGAGUCUCUUCCCUCCGGCAUACAGAGGAUGGAUAAGGUGGCGGAGAUAUUCAGCACGCAUAUCCGGCCCCCAAGCCAGACCGAAGCCUCCGCCGCCUCCGCCGCCCCGGCUUCCACUCGCUCCCAAGAUGGUCCCCAGCCAAGGGCCAUGUUCCAAGCCCCCUCGGCCGCCUGCCGGGACUUUGAUCCUUUCAUCACCUCUGACCUGGGCGAGUGGAUGGGCCGAAUCAAACACGUGCUGAGUAUCGCUCUCGGAAAUCCUGACUGCACGGACGAGGACAGGAAGGAGAUUGCAGACAUCUGGCGGGACGACAUUUGUAACGAGGUCAAGUAUAUUGUCGGGUUCAUUCGGCAGAACAAGGAGUCCCUGGUUGCGGCUUGGGAGGCCGGCAAGCCUUAUCUGGGCCCCGACACCAAGGCUGGUAGGGAGAGGAUGAGGAAUGAGCACCAAGCUAAGAUGAUCUCUGGGCUUGCAGAGAAUACUCCUCGCGAGACUGUCAAUUCUCCCAGAGAGAGUCGCACUUCUGCUUUCCCUGCUUCUUCCAUUGCCGCUGCAUCUCCCCGGGCCUUGCUCUUGACUACCCUUGAUGACGCUGAAGCUAAAUCGUACGCGGCUCUCGUCAACCUAAGGAAUCAACGAGGGGCCUUGGAGGAGCAAAAUAUGCGACUGUAUUUUGCCAACAUUCACAAACAGAUGUACGACUUUUCCCUCCCCUUAGAUCGCGAUUUUCCCAGAAGCAGUAAUAUUACCUCUACUGACGAAUAUUGUACCAGGGAACAUUGGCGUACUUCUGCCCCGGCCACAGUGGCAAGUGAGGGACUGCAACACAUGCGCCUACCUCGCUUCAAACAACACUCGACGGCCCCUGAAUCGGGUUCUCUCGGCCACAAGGAGGAGUUUGUGGAAGCUACGCGGACAGCUUUGGGGUCUUUGUCGCUCUCGGAACAAAACAGACGGAACAAUAAUACCCCAGCUCCCGAGAGAGUAGGCCAGCAGCAGUGCAAGGACGAGGGUUACGACGCAUUGGGUAUGGGCUACUCAUCACCCAAAGACGAUGAAGACAACGGCCACGACAACGGCAACGACAACGACAACGACAGCGACCACGACCACGACCACAGCCACGACCACGACCACGACCACAACGACUACGACUACUACGAACAGGGUCAGGCCCAACCCCAGGACCAACACCCUUUCGAGCAGCAGCAGCAGCAGCAACAACAACAACAUCAGCAACAGCAGCAACAACAGCAACAGGAACAGCAGCAACAGCGACACCAGCUUGUCGACCUCUCCAUCGAACAGGAUACUCAGAGGAUGAGGGAACUGGAAACCUUAGCCAUGAGAAUGAUGCGGAGAUGUAAGGGCCACCGUCAUCUGACUAAUAAACAGAUCUGUACUGACUCCUCUGAUAAAGUGUAUGAUCCUACGGUGAACCUAAACGAUCCUAACGAUGACUACUCCAACGAAGGCGCAGGCCCUGCAUGUUAA